UGGCCAGUACAGUUACAGUAGUGCUAGAGCUGAGGGAUCGCAGAGCAGCGGGAUCACACAGUAGGAGAAGCUGCGUUCUCUCUCUGCAUCCACUGACCACGAACUCGGACUGACUACACACGCUGUGCCAUGCUGAGGAACUGCGGGAGAAAGCUGCUGCUAUCCCUGGUGGGGGCCACCCUCACCUGCCUCCUGGUGCUGAUGGUGGACCAGCAGACCAGAUCGGUGGUGGAGAUGCCAGAAGAUAAGGUCCCGAGCCCGGACAGCUCCCGGAUAGCUGACCCACCUCCGGCCAAGGCUGGGGGGCCAGACAAAGCGGCCGGGGACUCUCAGUCCUUCUCGGCUUAUUUCAGCAAACUGACCAGAGUGAGGAUAGACGCCGAGCCCGGGGCCACCGCCUCAGCUGGGGGGACCGGGGAUAGCCGCCCUCCCGUGGAGGACAUCACGGCCAAAGAUAUCUUCAUAGCUGUGAAGACCACCAAGAAGUUUCACAGCUCCAGGAUGGAUCUGCUCAUGGACACCUGGAUCUCCAGGAAUAAAGAGCAGACUUAUAUUUUCACUGACGGAGAAGAUGACGAGCUGCAGAAAAAGACAGAGAAUGUCAUCAGUACAAACUGCUCUGCCGCUCAUAGCCGACAAGCCCUGUCCUGCAAAAUGGCCGUGGAGUAUGAUACCUUCAUAGAUUCCAACAAGAAGUGGUUCUGCCAUGUGGACGACGAUAACUACGUCAAUAUCAAGACUCUGAUAAAACUGCUGUCGCGUUACUCCCACACUAACGACGUCUACAUUGGCAAGCCCAGUUUAGACCGGCCAAUCCAGGCAACAGAGAGAAUCAGUGAAAACAAGAUGCGCCCUGUCAACUUCUGGUUUGCCACUGGAGGAGCUGGUUUCUGCAUUAGCCGUGGGCUGGCACUGAAAAUGAGUCCGUGGGCAAGUGGUGGACACUUCAUGAACACUGCAGAGAAGAUCAGACUUCCUGAUGACUGCACCAUCGGUUACAUUAUUGAGUCUGUCCUAGGCGUGAAAUUAUUAAGAAGCAACCUUUUCCAUUCACACCUGGAGAACCUGCACCAAGUUCCUCAAAGCGAAAUACACAAUCAGGUGACGUUAAGUUACGGAAUGUUCGAGAACAAGAGGAACGCUAUCCUGAUGAAAGGCGCUUUCUCUGUUGAGGAAGAUCCUUCAAGGUUUCGCUCCAUCCAUUGUCUGCUGUAUCCAGACACUCCCUGGUGCCCGAGGCAUAUUGUUUAUUAGAAGACUACAAAUCUUCUGCAACCUCGUCCCAAGUUUCCCUGGUAUCCAAAGGGCUUUGUGGGACCUGUACGUUUCCUUGCUGUGAACGUCUCCUAUUUCUGGUGCUGUGCAUGGAAAGCACAGUGUUACGUUCCAUAGGCUGCUGUGCGGCCAGCUACUGUCUCUGCCUGAGCAGACAGUGACAGCUUAUCUCUGCAGAGCUUAGGCACCCCCUCGUGUGGCUGAGGGGUGUGAAGACUUUACGGAACAGAGCCUGGACACUGGCCUGCUUUGUCCUUGCUUGUCAUGUGGCUCUGUCAAUACCUAUAGACUCUUAUAUAAAUUGCUUUGCAGUGUCUGCAAUUCUUAUAGAAUGUACGCUGCAGACCUGCUUGCUAUCUCUUGCUUAUUUUGAGCUACCUAUAGUUUUGUUUUGUUUUUUUUUACCUGGGAUUUCCUUUAAACAGACCAAGUCUAAGUGCCCGUUCAUAGCAAUUCCUAAGUAAAUGGGUUCUAUGGACGGGUUAAAGCAGAACCAUGCGAUAUGGUUUUAUGGAUUCCCUAGUUACUGGAAUAUUUCACUUUUCGGUACUUUUUUUCCUUCCUUAUACCAGUUUGUAAUAAUUGUGACAAGAAAUGUCAUUUUGUGAUUGGUGCUGUGAAGUAGGCCUGUCAAAGUUCCCAUGUACAGUUUUGGGAAAGUUUCACUUCUGUUUCACCCCUUAUAUUUCAGGCUCCGGAUUUACGUCCAAAUGAAGACCCCCCCCUCCCUCCUUCCCUUAUCCCUCUAUCCCCAAAUAGAUAGGUAUUUUUUUUUAUUGUUCUUAAGCCAGGCAUGUCCAAACUGCAGCCCUCCAGCUGUUGUGAACUACAUAUCCCAGCAUGCCCUGACACCGUUUUGUGUCAGAGAAUGCUAAAGCGGUGCCAGGGCAUGCUGGAAUGUGUAGUUUCUCAACAGCUGGAGGGCCGCAGUUUGGACAUGCCUGACUUAAGCAAUGGUCCUUUUAUGGUGUUGAUAAUCACUGUAGGUGUUUUUUGUAAGAGGCGCUAAACUAGAAAUGUGGGACUAGUGCUUUACCUUCUUCCUGCCUCUGUUUGCAGUGUAUUUGCUGCUGCAGGGGCAGAUAAUCGGUAUAUCGCGUUUUGUAAGGCACUUUUGAUGUUCUGUGUACAAAUAGAAGAGCUGGACUCUUUUUAAAAGCACCUUAAACUGCCGCGCUGAAAUAGGAUGCAGCAUUUAUGGACUAGCUUGUGUCCUGCAGUGGUACCAUGAGUAUCAGUAGUAGGACUGUCCAUUUGGCCCCGAACUUGUUGCUAGACCACCAUUGAAAGUCAUAGGAAAGAGGAGCGCUGUAGGAAGACAGCAGCCAGAGAUCCAAAUCUGGAUAGCCUUUCUCUGUAGGAUAUGAAAGACUCUAGGAAUAGCAGUAUGUUCAUGGCUACAAAAAGUAUAAGCAGCAACUAGCUUCAGGAAUUUACAUGAUGAAAAAACAUCUAGGUUAAGUUAACAACCUAGCCGUCUGUUUUUUCAGUGCAAAAAAAAACUCGACCAGAAAAGGGGUUUGAUAAUCAGAUUGCAAAGACUUGUCCAUAGGUUCACCUUCAGUGAUCCGCCAUUUGGGGUGUGCCUCUAAAAUUUGGAUACAAAUUUAAUCUAGGGGGAAAAACCUAUGCAAAAUAUAGUCGGUCGCUUUAAUCACAAUCUAGUCUUUCUCUACUGGAAACAUUCAGCAAUUCAUAGAGUACAGCCUCUAAGUCCAACCUAUGCUGCUGAGUUUAGGGUUAUAUGGUCUAACUGCACAGCUGUACGUUCUAGAUUUGCUGUCACUUACUAGUUUCCAAGACUUGAGGGGAUAACUAUAUAUGUAUGUAUAUAUGUCAUCUUCCAGUCUGUUUGGAACCCUUUAGUGGUUGAGUUUUAUGGCAGCUUCAAGGUUUUGAACAGAGCGGUGUAAUGUUAUUACCCAUAUUGGGCGUUACGUGUGUAUAAUAUAAAGAUGCAGUAUUUUUACUGUGAAUCUCCUAAAUCGACUUUUUAUAUGCCUAAUGAAUUUUAGAUUUUCUGUGGAUCAGAAAAUGUACUGAAAUAUUUUAUCUGUUAACGCGCUUGCAUUAUUAAUUUAAUUGCCCUAGUAUCUGGGGUUAAUGGUUAUAGGACUUAUUUUGAAAUGUAAUAAAGAUUAACAAUUGUUCUCAGGGGGAAUUAGACCUGGUGUCAGGGUGAUUCUAAUGUAUGCCAUUCUCUGCUUUAAAUAAAGCGGUUUCUUGCUAAAAUA